AGCCCACGGCCACCGGGAGCAGGAGUGUCAGCCCAGUCCUUCCUCCACUGCUUCACGUUGGCCAGCGCUGCCUUCAACCUGCAGGUGGCCACCCCUGGGGGGAAGACCAUGGACUUUGUGGACGUGAGUGAGAGCAAUGCACGCUGGGUGCAGGACUUCCGCCUCAAGGCCUAUGCCAGCCCUGCCAAGCUCGAGUCCAUCGACGGUGCCCGGUACCAUGCCCUCCUGAUUCCCAGCUGCCCCGGGGCCCUGGCCGACCUGGCCAGCAGUGGGUCUCUGGCCCGAAUCCUGCGGCACUUCCACUCCGAGAGCAAGCCCAUCUGCGCGGUUGGCCACGGGGUCGCCGCCCUGUGCUGCGCCACCAACGAGGACCGGUCCUGGGUGUUCCGAGGCUACAGUGUGACCGGGCCAGCGAGCCUGACGCGGUACACGUGGUGCUGGACCGCCACCUUGUCACGGGCCAGAACGCGGGUUCCACUGUGCCCGCCGUGCAGAACCUGCUCUUCCUCUGUGGCAACCGGUGAGGGCGCGGGCGAUGGGCGGUGUGCGGGCUGCUGGGCCACGCUCCCUGUGAUGGCUGCUGCUGGUGCCAGCCUUGAC